AUGGUUGAGAAAUUUGGAUUUAGUUCUUCUGACCGUUCGACUCCGAAAGUUAUCAUUCAUCAUAUGCGCACAAACUAUGGAGUUGCUAUCAGUUAUUAUAAAGCUUGGAGGGCAAAAACAACUGUUAAUAAAUUGUUGACAGGAGAUGCUGAUGAUUCUUAUGCAUUGAUUCCAAAAAUUUUUGUGAAGUUGAAAGAACUGAAUCCAUGUAUAUACACUGCAUAUGAAAUUGAUAAGACUAGACAUUUUAAGUAUUGUUUCAUGGCUCUAGGUGCAUCUAUUGAAAGUUGGAGGUAUUGUAGACAUAAUAUAUCUAUUGAUGGGACAUUUUUGACGAGCAAAUAUGGUGGUACACUAUUGACUGCCUCAACGUGCGAUGAUAACAAUCAGAUGUUCCCUCUUCCUUUUGGUAUAGUAGAUUCAGAAAAUGAUGUAUCAUGGAGAUGGUUUUUUCAAAAUUUAAAGAAACAGUUUUGGAGAUCGAGAAGGCGAUAUCUGUUGAAGAAUUUGAAGUUGUCAUACAAUGACUCCUUGAUUGAUAGACCUUUUGAAAACUGUGCCAAAUCCUACACAACUAAUGAUUUUGAGUUAAAUAUGAAGUUGAUGGAGUCAAUAUAUCCUACUACAAGAGAAUAUCUUAGUAAUGUUGGAUUUGAGAAAUGGGCUCGUGCACACACUAAAGAAAGAAUAUAUCAAAUGUUGACAACUAAUAUUUCUGAGAGCCUCAAUGCAACUUUGAAAGAGUCAAGAGAUUUACCUGUGGCAUCACUACUUGAUUCAAUUAGACAAUUACUUCAAAGUUUUUUGAGUCCUUGGGCUGAGACUGAGAUACGGAAACAAUUUAAUGAAUCCAAAAGCUUGAUGGUUGAUCAUAUCAACAACGUUGAAUUUCAAGUAAUUCAUAAAGCGGAGAAUUUUUUGGUAAAUUUGGGUUCUAAAAGUUGCACUUGUCGUGUUUGGGAUUUGGAAGAAAUUCCUUGUGCUCAUGCACUUGCAGUUAUUUGUUGGACUGAUUUGAAUCCUUAUUCAUAUGUGUCUGAGUAUUAUCUGUCUAGUAGAUUGUUAUUUACUUAUAAUGGUUCAAUUCGUCCUGUUGGUAACCAUUUGGAUUGGGGAUCUGUAGCAAUUGAUGUUAAUGUAUUACCUCCUAUCAUUAAAUGUCCAGCAGGAAGGCCUCGAAAACAAAGGAUUCCAUGGAUUGGUUAG